GCUAUAGAGAAUGGAGGAGAGAGCCAAUCUUAUAAGCCCAGUGGAGUAGAGGAAUUCUCACCAGAGAGUAAAAUCUUUGCUUCUUCCAGGGUGUCCUUGUUCUUGCAAGGCAAGAUGGAUUAUCUUCUUCUUCUUAGCCGUGAUCUCCAAGCUAGAUUGGAAUGUUCUUUCUCCGUCCAGGAUUCUCAAGAGCUGUGGAGGUCGCGCCCGGAUUUUCGCAAGGAAUACCUCGCGACUCGCGAAUGCGUGUGAGAUCCAGCAAAGUUUAUGGCAUUGCUCUUCCCCAAUUUCGUGAUUUCCACAGACACCUCAGAGGAUUGCUUGCUCUCCUGGGGAGCACUGCUCAAGAACUGCCGGGAUCUGUCACAGGGGAGGCAAAUCCACGCCCGCAUUGCGCAGAGCGAGCACCGCCGCAACAAAUACCUCGCGAAUCUGCUCGUCCAGAUGUAUGGCAAAUGCGGCAGCGUCGAUGACGCCCGUGCAAUCUUGGAAUCCAUAGAGAAUCCUAAGCUCUUCUCCUCCAACAUCAUGAUCCAGGCCUACGCACAGGCGAAAGAUCUAAAUCGAGCGCGCAGAACGUUCGAUGGGAUGCUCCGGCGAGAUGCCUCGACGUGGAACUCGAUCGUCACGGCAUAUGCCGAAAACGGGCAUCUUGAUAAAGCGCGAGAGAUUUUUGAAUUGGCUCCAGAGAAGAACGAAAUCUCUUGGAAUGUGAUGAUCACGCUUUGCAUCCGCAGUGGAAAGAUAGCUUCUGCCAAGGAUUUGUUUGAUCGGAUGCCCGUGAAGACGAUCGUUGCGCAGACUGCCCUCCUCACAGCAUUGGCCAGGAAAGGGCAUUUGGAAGAAGCCGAGGCUUUGUUUGAGAACAUAAAGGAGGAGCGCGAUGUAGAGUCAUGGGCUUUUGGCUCUCGCUGUCUACAGACAACUCCAACCGAACAGCAAAUGCAGGCAACUGCAUUUGAGGUGAAAAGGCUACUGAUUGCCGGAAAGCAGAAAGAGGCUUUACGGGCUGCUCAAGACGGGCAACUUUGGGGAUGUGCUCUUCUUAUGGCCCGGCAGCUGGGAGAGAAGUUCUACACCGACACUAUAGCGGACAUGGCUCAACGUCAGUUUCAACCAGGGUUUCCCCUCCGGACUCUAACUCUUCUUUAUGCUGGUCAACAUGCCGGAGUGUUCGUAGGGAACACUAAUUCGUCGAACGUAACAGCGCUUCAACCUCAACCGGUUCCAGCGUCCGCUGUAGAUGGUGCAACACAGGACGCAGUAGAAGGAAUGCUCGAAGAAUGGCAGGAAAACCUGGCUAUAAUGGCAGCUAACCGAACUAAUGGGGACGAGAGAGUGAUUAUGCAUCUUGGUGAUUGUCUCUGGAGACAUCGAGAUGAGAUAUGUGGAGCCCAUAUUUGCUAUCUUGUUGCAAAUGCUAGUUUUGAGCCUUUCUCUACUUCUGCCAGACUUUGUCUUAUAGGUGCCGACCAUUGUAAGUAUCCACGCACGUACGCUAGUCCAGAAGCUAUCCAGCGAAUGGAAGUGUACGGAUUUGCAAGAGUGACUGGCAAUUCCUAGUUUAUUUUACUUCCUUUUCAGCCAUACAAGCUUAUUUAUGCGUCGAUGCUUGCUGAAGCUGGAAAGAUAAACGAAGCUUUAAGGUAUUGCCAAGCGGUGUUGAAAACAUUGAAAACAGUGGGCCAUGCAGCUGAUGUGUGCAAAGAAGCGGCUGUAGCCUUGGAAGAGCGUCUUCGUAUCCACUCUCAGGGAGGCUCGACGUCAAUUGUGCAACGGUUUUUUGGCAAUAUUGGUCUACACAAGAUGAUAGGCCCUUCUUCCCCGAAAGCUUCUGAUAUGCUGAUAUUAAUAACUGUCCCGCAACAGCUUCUAGCAGAGGCAGUGUAUCACUUGCCUCGUCGGCAUCAAUGGAACCCAUAAGUGAUAAUACGAGAAAA